UCGUUCUCAGCCUUGUCUCCCUCUGCAUUGAUACAGCCAUAUGGCUCAUCCACCCUCUCCUCCACACAAAGCCAGCUCGGUCCUCCUCGAUCUGAUAGAAGACUACCACUCAUUCAACACAGCAGCUGUCCCUACACUUCCGUACCCAACAUAUCUCGAGUACACUAAACAAGUAAGUCGCGGCAGACCCUGUGUCUACAAUCUCGACCCGCAAUCCAGCAGACCUGAGUCCCAUAUCAACGGACGGUCCAGUACAGCCAAGGUCCAUGCGGAGAUAGAGUCGUUGCUCUCUCUUCCUGCGUUCUCGUGGUCUCGAGACAGCCUAUGCAAGAAUGUCCCGCGCGACGUGGAAGUCGCUAUCACACCAGACGGACGAGCCGACGCUUUAUAUCCACUCGCAACCCUGCCAAACGGUCCUGUCGACGACAAUGACGGUAAUGAUGACCAUACCAAAGCCCACCCAAGGACUGAGUCAGAGACAGAGAUGGAGCAAGUCUUCGUCCAGCCUGCAACGGUGACAAUGUCUCUAUCCUCGCUCUUCGAUAAACUCUGCCCUGACUCUAAACCCGGCUCAAAGAACGAUGAGCACUCGCCAGUAUACUACCUCCAAUCCCAAAACAGCAAUCUCACCAGCACGACCCUCUCACCAUUACUCUCCGAUCUGCCCGCCAACCUCCCUUUCGCGGAACCUGUGCUCGGUAACCCAGAAGCCAUAAACAUCUGGAUGGGCACUGGGGCGAGCGUGACCAGUACACACCGUGACCCAUACGAGAAUCUGUAUCUCGUACUAAGAGGGUCGAAGACGUUCACUUUGUGGCCGCCGGUUGAGGAACUGUGUUUGCAUGCCCAGAAAGUCCGCACAGCGCACCACACAGUCGACUUCAUUGAUGCACAACAUCCGGUGUUCAAGAUCACGUUGGAUGAAGCCCAUCCCGAUCUAGGUUCGUCCGGCACAGAUGCAGAAACAGACACCGAUACAGACACAGAUACUGGCAUCCCCUGGAUCCCGAUCGACCCCCUGAAUCUACCACCAGCCGACGUCCUGUCUUCCAAAUACCCGUACUACCACCACUCUCAUCCUCUCACUGUGACGGUCCGGGAACGAGAGAUUCUCUACUUACCGGCAGGUUGGUUCCACCAUGUCACUCAAGAAUGUGGAACGUGGGACAACGGCGACACAGCACCUUGUAUAGCGGUCAACUACUGGUACGACAUGGAUUACGAGGGCGAGAAAUACGCCAUGCGCGAAAUGCUGGGGCGCUUGGUCGAAGCCGCAAGAAAGGAAGAGGAGGAGGCAGAGUAGAGGACAAGGUCUGUCUAUUCGUUUUCUUCAGUCUGUAUUCUCUCAAGAAAGAAAAUGUCUAGUUCAUUUGGCGUGGGGAUAGUGUGCCACAACCAAGAACAAAUGAUCGUUGCUGCACCC